GAGCGAGGUUUUAGGCACAUAAAUCGGAUCCAUUACAUUACUCUACAAAAACUAACCGAGCGGAGGAAAAUGGCAGUGGACAAUGGCACCAACAUAUUACUAGAUUGCAUGGAGAAGAUGAGCCAUAUCGUUGCCAUGUCUCUCUUCUCUCCUUGAUUAUCGAUCCAUAUAUAAUAUCUUUACUUUUCGAUCGCUAGCUUAGCUUAAUCCUUAAUAAUAAUCAAAUCUCCUCAGCUCGCCGCCGAAGCCGUAAAUUAAGAUAAGAUGUCGUCCGCCGGCGGAGAGAACUCGUGUGGCGGCGGCGACGGUGGCAAGCCACCGCUGCCGACGAUGACGACGAAGACCGUGGCCAAGACGAGGCGCAGAGCGGGGGAGCACGAAGAUGCUGGCUGCGGUGGUGGUAAUAACAUGAUUAGCCACGCCGCCGGCCACCUUCAUAGUAAUAACAAUCAACACCGGACGGCGGCGGCGGACGGUGGGGUGUUGCAUAGGAAGAUUGUAAGCUGUGCGGCGAGGGUUGUGAUGCCCGGCAGGAACCUUAGCGGCUGGGUUCUUGGAGCUCUCACGCUGCUGGCGGUUUCCACCGCGUUCGUCAAGAUCUCGCUCAUGAAAACUUUUCUUAAGGUGCAUGCUCGGAUGAGCCCCCAUGACUUCUUGCAACUGCCACCGUUUCUCGCCGCCGAGGGUGGUGCUGGUCGUCGUCGUCGUUGUGCCGCCGCUGCGGACACCCACAAGUUUUCUAAUCAUAAUGAAACAUGCAAUUACUAUCGGAAGGAUUCUGAAAUCUGGAGAAACCCUAUAAGCGACAACUACACUAAAUGCGUAGAGCGAUCAAGUAGAGAUACAAGGCUUCAAAAUAACAGCAAUGGCUACAUCCUAGUCCAUGCAAACGGUGGAUUAAAUCAAAUGAAAACUGGGAUCAGCGAUAUGGUAGCUAUAGCUAAGCUAAUGAAUGCUACUUUGGUUCUUCCUUAUUUAGAUCACAAAUCUUUUUGGACAGAUCCCAGUGAAUUCAAGGAGAUCUUUAACUGGCAACACUUCAUAAAAUCUUUGGAAGAUGAUGUUCAUGUUGUAGAAGCUCUUCCACCACAUCUUGCAGAUGUUAAGCCCUUAGUGAAAACUCCUGUUUCUUGGUCAAAGCCCGGUUACUACAGAAAAGUCAUUUUGAAACUACUAAAGAAACAUAAAGUGAUAGAAUUCACUCACUCUGAUUCACGCCUUGCCAACAAUGGGAUCCCGGAUUCAAUCCAGAAGCUCAGAUGCCAUGCUAUGUAUGACGCGCUACGUUUCACGGAUGGAAUUGAAGAGCUUGCAAAAAAAUUAGUUAGCAGACUCAAAGGAAAUGGCGAUCAUUACAUCGCGCUGCACUUGAGGUAUGAAAAAGAUAUGCUAGCUUUCACUGGGUGUAAUCACAACCUUACCAAGAAAGAAGCUGAGGAGCUGAGGAAACUAAGACACAAAACAAGGCACUGGAAGGAGAAACGGAUAAAUGGAACAGAGAGGCGGCUCCAGGGGACAUGCCCAAUGACUCCCCAAGAGGCUGCCAUAUUCCUUGAGGCAAUGGGGUAUCCGGCCAGCACAAAAAUCUACAUUGUCGCAGGGGCAAUUUUUGGGCAGAAUGGACUGAAUGCGUUGCAGGAGAAGUACCCAAAUGUAUACUCUCAUUCUAACUUGGCAACUGCAGAGGAGCUGGAGCCUUUUAUAGACAGGCACAAUCAGCUAGCAGCCUUGGAUUACAUUGUGGCAGUUGAGAGUGAUGUCUUUGCUUACACCUAUGAUGGUAACAUGGCCAAGGCUGUUCGUGGCCACAGGAUCUUUGAAGGCUUCCGGAAAACCAUCAAUCCUGACAAGAAAAAAUUUGUUAGAAUUUUGGGUGAAAUGGACAGGGGGGAAUUAACUUGGAAAGAGUUUGCAUCAGAGUUGAGAAACUUACAGCAAAAUAGUACAGCAGGACCAAAUCCCAGAGUAGUAGGACAGGCACCGAAGUUGGAGGAAAACUUCUAUGCAAAUCCUCUCCCAGGUUGUCUUUGUAGCAGAAGAUAACCAUGAUUACAUGCAUAAACAGGAACAGAACUAUGUUGUUGCCAUUGCCACCAGCUGCACUGUAAGCAGCAACGUUUACUUUUGCCUUCCAGCCAAGCAGAAGUAAAGAUUGGAAAGCAUACGCCAGUGAAGAAUAUGCAUUUUUUUGUUGCUACUUUUCC